AUGGACGUCAACAGGAGACUGGGGAUGAGGGACACUGUGUUGGCGCUCUUACUCGCUGUCCUGCAGGGACUUCCUCUCGGGGAAACGGCCCCGAACCCAUCCCCGCUGGUCGGAUCCAACUGGGGGAACCCGAGGAGAUACGUCCACCUGCAAACUUCCACGGACCUCAACAACUUCUACUUGGAGAUCAGGUUAGACGGCACCGUGUGCAAAACUACCACCAGGACUUCGUACAGUGUGAUUUUACUGAAAGCUGAAACGAGGGAGCGCGUGGCCAUCCUUGGCGUAAAAAGCAGCCGUUACCUGUGCAUGGAUGUGGAAGGCAGACCGUUCAGCUCCCCCACCUGUCUCAGAGACGACUGUCUCUUCAACCACAAGCUCCUGGAGAACAACAGGGACGUGUACUACUCCUGCCGGACCGGCAUCCUGUUUAACCUGGAGGGCUCCCGGCAGGUGUACUCGGUGGGUCAGAACCUGCCGCAGACCUCGCUCUUCCUGCCCAAGAAGAACACGGUGCCACUAGAGCGCCUCCUGCUGCUCAGGGGGAAGCGGAACGAGGUCGUGGAUCCAUCCGACCCGCACAACUUCUACCAGGGUCAGACCGAGGCGGGCUCGGACUCCCGGGCCGUGCCGGAGGAUGACACGGACCUGGAGGUGGAGGUGGAGGUGGAGACGGAGGCCGGGGACGACGGGCGUAACGUGUCCCGGGAGACGCCGAUGGCUCCGUCCUCCCACGACCCGUGGAACGCGCACUGGUCCAACCCGGCCAGUCCACGGAGCUCCGGGACCAUGGGGUGAUUUCACCUGUGGACGCGCUCCAUUUAACUAUAGGUACCUAUACUGUCAGUGUAGCCUCGUAGUUCAUCAUAAUAUGAAGGAAAAGGCAGAAGAAGAGUGCUUCUCUUCUUCGUCACUCUGCCUUCACCAUAAAUCAUUUUUAUUUUAUCCGUCAUUCAGCAAAGUAGUGUCUUUUUACACUGAAUGUAUGAAAAGUAUUAGACUUGACUCGCAGCCCUUUUGCACAGUUCACAUCAGAUCCACUCUCUUAUAUUAACAACAUCUGCUCUGAGAUCACAAACAUCACUUUCACUUUAAUCAAUCACAGACAUGUGAUCAAUAAUAUAAUCAAUAAUCAUAAUCAUAAUCAUAAUCAUUUGUACAUUCCCCCAAAUCAGGUUUGGUGAGAAGUGGAGUUUUAAUGGAUGGAGGUCCAGUGCGUAAGGAUUAGGGAGAAACAGGGACAUCUAAUGGUGAGACUGCAUAGUGCAACAUCAUGCAUGUCAGGGAACUACGGUGGCCUUUGCAUUCCAGAAAGGA